CAUGCAUAAAUCACACAGUUCACGUGCCACGUGGACUACACAAGAAGGCAGUUUCCCCAAAAUAACGAACCAACCGACUCUCUCGCGCGCCCCCCCCCCCUUUCCCGCCUUUUUUCAUGCAUCGCGUGGGCUCCGCUCCACGUGUCCGACUCCCAUCCCUCCUGAACUCAACCCGACCCGGCCCAAUCCGACGGCCCAUCUGCUCUCUUCUCCGUCUAUAUACAACGAAAUCGGAAACCCCCAAUUUCCAGGUUCCAAACAUUUUUUCCCCCCUGUCUACGUUCUUCUUCUUCUUCCUCUCAUUUUUGUUUCAUAGAUCAUCAGCCAUGAAAGCAGUUCUGUUGAGGACGAGCUCGAACAACAUCCACCCGCCGGUCUGCCCCGCCGGAUCGCCGGCAGGUUCCCCCAAGGUCUCCCUCCAUCGCAGCGAUUCCCUCACCGGAAUGUUCGCCUGGGACCCAAACGCGCACAAGAAAUCGAUCCACCUGGAGAUCGCCAGCAGCCCGCGGCGGCGGCAAGGAUCUUCCUCCACCACCAUCACCAGGUCCAUGUCGGAGAGCGACAUGGUCAGAUCCGAAUUCGGCGGAGGAAUGAAAAAGAGACUCCCGCAUUCAGCAUCCCGAUGCUCCCUCUCCGCCGUGGAGGCGGCGGCGGCUGGAUCGCGGCGGAAGUUCACGAGGAAGGACGUCUACGGGGUGGGGAUCGCCGCCGCCAUCCCAAUGGAGGAGUAUGUCGAGGAUGGGAAUAAUAAUGGCGGGAAAGACAACGGCGGCGGAUUCGGAGGAAGAGGGGAGGGGAACGGCGGCGACGACGAUAAUAAGAGAAGGAUGGCUGAGUAUUACGAGCAGAUCAUUAGAUCGAAUCCCCACGACGCCCUCCUCCUACGCAACUACGGCAAAUUUCUGGACGAGGUGGAAGGGGACGGGAAAAGAGCAGAGGAAUACUACGGAAGAGCAUUACUGGAGAAUCCAGGGGACGGGGAGGUGUUGUCUCUGUACGCAAACUUGAUAUGGGAGAACUACAAGGAUCAAGAACGAGCUUUCACUUACUUCCAUCAGGCUGCUUCUGCCUCCCCUAACGAUUGUAUGGUGCUAGGAUCCUACGCACAUUUCAUGUGGGUGUCGGAAGACGAGGAAGCAGAAGCGGCCGCAGCAAACCACAAUCUCAGCGUUACUGGGGAAGCUCCACCACCACCAGCAGCAGCGACAACAACAGCAAGGCCAGCCAUGGUUCCCGCAUUCUAAGACUCAGAACAGCAAGAUUAAUUAUCAGUCGAUCAUCAUCGUAAUCAAAUCAAACAAGCUUCCUGGGCCAGAGAGGGCUUGAUUACAAUCUAACUUUCAAUAAGCCCCCAGCCAGGAAUACCAACCCAAGAAAAGCUGAGACAAGUUUAGAAGAAACAAAAUAUGUUCAUAUACAAGUUCAUGUUACAUGGAGAGAUGAGCGGCCACUUCUUUGUUGUGCUGCUGUGUUUUGCAGUACUGGUGAGAUGUAAUAUAGAAGGACAUGAUUACAGGAACCUACUGCAUCAUCUUGUUCUAUCUUUCCUGUUGAUGUACAGUGUAAUUAACUAAUUACCUUGCA